GCUGGACUUCAGAAAGAGGUGCAGAGGCAGCAGGAGGACUUUGGAGGGUUCUACCCUAAAACCACAACACAAAUGGGCUCCGUCGCCUAGCGUUUACUCCACCACACAUCGGCGACCAGUCGUGAUUACAUCGCUGCGAUCUGAACAUCGGCAGCUCCACAUAUUAAAGUGUUCAUUCGUAGUAUGAAUAUCGUUAUUCCCCAAAGAAUACCAAGGCCAGUUUCCUCAUCCACCACUGGGUUGUUGUGAACUUGAGGGAUUCCAUCUUUUCGACGGUUGACUUGAAGGUUGGGAAAAUGGCGGCAAUUCCAUCCAGCGGCUCCCUCGUUGCCACCCACGACUACUACCGAAGGCGCAUAGGAUCCACAUCCAGCAACAGUUCCUGUGGCAGUUCGGAGUACACUGGGGAAGUCAUUCCUCACCACCCAGCUCUACCGAGGCAAGACUCAGGCCACUGGUGGUCCACUUUCUUUUUUGGGAAGCAGAAUCAGAUGGGAGCUCCUAAUGGAUUCGACGCCCAACAGAAGACUGGAACCUACACAGUGACUAACGGCCAGGUGACCUGCAUUGCAAAGGAGAUGGUGAUGAAGAGGCAGCUAAGCGAGAGCAGUGACUCCGGCAAGCCAGAGCCUACCAGUCCCCCUGCCUCAUAAACCCUGCCCACUUGUAAAAUCACACCCCUCAUCCCAACUGAGAGUCCCAGGAGUAGACGCAGGCGACGGAGGCUCCAUCCUUUUCCUUUCAUUCUUGCUUUCUUUUUUUACUUUAGUAGAAUCAGGCUGCUUAUGUUGUUAAGUUUCUGACGUUACUUGUUAAUGACGACCAAAACAAUUUCAUAAAAGCCAAAAAAGAGACAUUAUUUCCAUGUGGUUUGACCACUUUGUUACUGUGUGCACUUUGUCAUCAUAUCGUUUGCUAUUGAAUAAAAGUCUGCAGCCUAUA